UCAGACCAGGGUAAUCUGAUAUGCUGGAAUCCACUUGUUACGUGUUUGGCUAAGAAAGCAGGUCAUUUCCUCAAAGAGCUACUCUUGACUUGCAUGCUAGAACAGAAGGUCUGAUCAGAACUGUCCUUUUCCAGUUUUUCAACUGACAAGACAAUGGCGGGUAUAACAGGAGCGUCAGCUGAUCUAAGGAUUGUCCUGGUGGGUAAGACAGGAGCUGGGAAGAGCAGCACAGCCAACACCAUUCUCGGAGAGAAGCUGCUCAAAUCGUCAUGUCGUGCAAACUCAGAUAUAGUUACAUGUGAGGCUGCAACCAACACUGUUGAUGGGAGGAAAAUCACUGUGGUUGACACACCAGGGUAUUGUUCUACUGAGUGCACUGAUGAAGAGCUAAAACAUGAGAUAGCCAAAUGCAUCGUAGAGUGUUCCCCUGGACCUCACGCUUUUCUUAUAGUGCUGCCUGUGAGGAGACACACAGUGGAGGAGAAGAAAGCAGUGGAAGAGAUUCUGAAAAUGUUUGGGGAGGAGGCUCUGAAGUACGCUGUUGUCCUGUUUACCCACGGAGACCAGCUUGAGAACGGCAAGACCAUCCAGCAGUUUGUGGAUGAAAAUUACUGCCUGAAAACACUUGUCCAAAAGUGUGGACACCGGUUUCAUGUCAUCGAUAACAAAUACUGGAACAAUCCCACUGAAGGCCACGGUGAUGAGAAAAGCAACGCCGCUCAAAUCGAAAAGCUUAUGAACACGAUUGAUCAGAUGGUGACACAGAACAGAGGGAAGCACUACACCAAUGAGAUGCUCCAGGCUGUGGAACAAGCCAUUGAAGAGGAAAUGGCAAAGGGAAAUACCAGAGAAAAGGCAAAACAGAAUGUAAUGAAAAGGUGUUUAAUCAAGACAGUAGGCAUAACAGUAGGGUUUCUGUAUGGUGCAUUUUUAGGUCUUGUACCAUCAACUGCAUUUAAACAUGCUGCUGAAGGUACAGUAGCAAGCAGUUCACUGACAAAGGGACAGGGAUUUGCCAGUGGGAGUGCAAUUUUAGGGGCGAUUAUAGGGGCAAUUGCAGGGGCUAAGGCAGGAAGUGAAGCAGAGACUGUAAAAGAAGCUGUAGAGAAAACUACAGCUGCUGUAAAUGAGAUAGCUGCACUGGGAACAAUAAAAAAACAUACUAGUUAAUUUAAUGAAAAAACCGAAGGCAGACAAAAAUUAACAUUUCUAAUGAUAUAUUGGAUUUUAUCAAAUUUUGUUGAUAACUUUGACUAACAAUUAAAAGAAAUAAUUUUUUCCAAACACACUUUGGCCAGUUCAGCUAAAACUAAUCCUAAAUGUCGUCCAUUAUUUCAUUUUUCUUAAAUUGAAAGCCAUACACAAGGGAUGUGCAGAGAAAACACUAUGUGCAUCUGUUCAGCCAACAAAAUGAUCUGUAUCUAUAAGUUAUCACACAGGUGGUCCCAGUUGAUAUAAUACAGUUGUAUUUGAUUGUCUAAAUGCACAUUGUCUGUUGCUGAGCUAAAACACAAAAAAGACAAUUAAAGUGAUAAUUAAAAUGGUCUGACUUUUUGUGUAUUGUGACGUUAGAUGUUCUGUGAAAUUCUAUGACUUCUUGUAAUAAUUCAUGAGUAAUAAAAAUGUCAUCUGAUUUCAUGUUUCUGUUUAGAGGUGAAAGCCCUAAGUAACAUCACUUUUCUAGAGACAAAAAUAUAUAUGAUAUACAGUAAUGAAAAGAAUCUUUCUACUUUGAUCAUUUCUCACUGGGGGCUUCUGUACACAUGUAUUGAACCAUUUAAUGAAUGCAUCUGUUAACAUGUUGGGAAAU